GACAAGCAUACUAUUCCGCCCGGUACCACAUUGUUUGAAAAUGGCGGUCUACGAGGUAUUCGCUCACCCAGAGCUGAGGCGGUACAAGACUCAUCUGUGUACGAAGGCCACCCUUUUGAUGUUUGUGGUUUUAUUUGUAACAUUUAUUCCACCACUGUUCGUCGUUUACAGAAGUUACGGAUUCUGGAUCAAGGAGGAUUACUACAGGGAAACUCCUCGUGUUUUAUUCAAGAAGGAACUGAUCCUAACCCUUGAGUUGGCAAAUCCUUCCAAUGCUGGUUUGAGUUACUUGACUUAUUCUACCUUCCAGAGAUACAAUGAAUUACAACAACAGAACCUCAGGGUUCCUGUCAUACAGUCCAGAGAAGAUGACGCCAAUGGAGAUGGGAAGAAUGACGGUCUUGUCAUGAAGAUAGAGAUGCCACUGUUGGAUACAGAAGCUGUGACAGGCAUCAAACUUCUCCUCUUCUUUGACUACAGACUGGAGAGGUUUUCCUCAUUUGGAAUGGAGUCCAUGUCAUACAUAAACCAUGAUUCUGUAAAACCUGGGGCCAUGUAUGAAGUGUUUGGUGAUCUACGUAUCAAACAGAAGCAAGCACUUGAUCACAAAGGAUUAGAUACCAGGUUUAAUUCCUCCAUUGUGGACUCUACUAGUGCAUAUGCUGAGGCCUACCAGUUCUCCACGAUCUUUGGUAACUACGCUCAGAGAAAUGUGACCACUGUCCUGAAUGCUCCCUAUAGUGUUUGGACGUCCGGACGAGGUGCUGGUCAGCCAUUUGUCUUUAACAGCAACAUCUUCUACACUGAGGAUGUCUUCUUAUACACACCAGGUUUCUGGUACAUGAUCAAGUGGGGAUGGGUCCAGUAUGUAUCCGUACUGUUGCUGUUCCUCUUCGUCUUCGACCGCAUCAAAAUCUUCAUCUUCCAGAACCAGCUAGUGAAUACCAUUGUGGAGAAACCAUGGAAGACAGACAAGUUUUCCUGAUAUAUACCACAGCUUUAGAUAUUUAACUAAUUACAUCAGAGCUCAUAUUAGGUUAGUGAAAUUAAAAUUCUCACUUUAAAAGUUCCUGAUGUGAUAAACUUUACCAAACUAAAGUCACAUUUUAAUUCAAGAUCAUGAACUUGUUAUAGGGAUUGUCUCUGCGUAAUUGUUUCAACAGAAAAGUAAGAAAUCACUUUUACUCCGGCUAAAACGUGUCAAUUAUUCCUGCUCAUGUUGGAUGCAAUAUUCAAUUAUGUAGUGGUUCAAUUGAUUUUGACACAACACUCUGAACAUUCAAAAAUUAAAAUUGAUUUUGUGGAUCAAGUACAAUGUCAAACUCAAGCAUCGAUAUGAUGAAGACUUUUAGACUUUCAAAAUAUUCAAAAAUUUAAAUGAUGCAACUAAGAUGACACAAAGCUGAAAUGUGUUGUAAGCAGUUUAUUGAAUAUUUUGUGUUAUCAUUUAUAAGAAAUUAAGCACAGAUUUGAAUAUGAAUGAUGAAAUAGUCAGUGAGGACUAUUCAUUUGACAAUGAAAUUGUGAAUAGAAUUAAACUGUAAGUCAUGUGGAUGUCAUGGUUGCUUAGACCAUAUCAGGAGUUUGUGAGUUAUUUAUAUCAAUUGAAAAAAAAGAACUUGACAAAUCAUGUAUUGUGAUUAUCUUUAUAUGCAUACCUUUACCUAUAUUGAUGUUAUGGAAACCAUAUCAAACUUGUGUAUAAUUGAAUUUCAAUACACAAUGCAGAUAAUACUUUAUUGAAAAAAAUAUUCCAAUUCAAUUCCUCGAGAAAUAUUUGAUGUGAUAGAUUUACAUACAUGUAUCACUGGAAUUUAUCUUUAUGUGAGGACCAUCCUUCCAGUAACUUUGUUAUCUCGUGAUAUUUUUUUGCGUUAUAUGAUCUCAUGUAGGAUCAAACAAUCUGAUUAAAAUCAUCUGUUACAUGGCGCCAUUGACUUUGUACUUGUUCAGGCAUAGUUUGAAGUUAACGGAUCCAUGUAACAGAUGAUUUUAAUCAGAUUGAGAAUCAAAGUUUUUUUAAAAUUAAUUUAACCAAGUGACUGUUUAAGGUUGUGUUUUGGGAAUGCUAUUUGAUCUGAUACGGUUGUUCACUGCAAAUAUGCUAUGGUAUAAUUAUUAGAGAUAUAUUUUCAUGUCAAGGAUUGUAGACCACAAAUUCAAAUAUUUGUAUAUAUAUUUAUUUUUAAGAAGGAAAUCAAAUGAUACAUGUAUAAUAUAUUUUUAAACAUGAUAUUCCAUUUGUAAAAUAAAACCUUCAAGAUGUACAAUCUUAGAAACAAGUUAUAAAUUCUAGACGUUGCAGUGUAAAUGGCGAUACUUUUGACCUUGUCAUCAGAAUGUGUUAUGACGUUGUCAGCAGCACAUGUUAUGACGUUGUCAGCAGCACAUAUUUUGACGUUGUCAAGAGACAUGUGUUCUGACGUUGUCAAGAGACAUGUGUUCUGACGUUGUCAGCAGCACGUGUUAUGACGUUGUCACCGGAACGUGUUUUGAUGUCACAAGACGUGUACAUCACCAGAUACCUGUUAUAACAUCAUGUCUUACAUAAGAUUUUAUUUUGAUCGCAAAAGUAAUUAAAUCAUGUAUUUAUUACAGAGAAAAAUCAGUAUUUCUUCUCAUUGAGGUAAUCCAGAUAUUUAUUUUCAGUCCUGUGAGUUUCUCAAAUGGAGUUCCUACAUUAAACUUGGUAAUAAACCUGCUUUAUAGGAUGUACAUUUUUAUCAUCACUUAGUGGAUAUCCUCCAUAAAGCAUCUUUGAACAGCUAGACCCUUGACACUGUAGGUUAUUUAUGAUUCUAUUUUCAGCAAGUAUGAUAUUUAUGAUAAAGAAGAGCUGUGUCUGUGGUGUAAACGUCACUGUUGGAGUUACAGCUUUUGUGUUAGUGUCUACUUUUGUAUGGUGUUAUACUAAUGAGGAUUGAUUUCUAUGCAUGAAUGGGUGACUUCCGUCCAAGUGAUAUUUAUUUGUGAGCUGAUGAGACCCGACCAUGGUGUAACUGUUGUGUAAAUGAUAUGUGUGUAUGUGAUGUUCAUGCUGCUUCCGGUUCUCUAAGAAAUACUUACCUUCAGAAUUGAUUGGUCAGAUUUGUAUCAUUUGAAGUCCAUAUGCUAACAAAGAGUAUUCAAAUAUCACCUUGGUUUUGCGUUAUACUAAAAAAAACAACGAGUGGUUAUCACUCUUUACUGCUUUUAUGUGACAUACAUUACAGUGUAUGGGGUAAAAACCGAGAAAACAAUUAUUUGAAUUAUUACCAACAUUUCACUCAUUCUGUUGAUGUUUACUUUUUUCUAGGCCUAUAAAUCUAUGUAUUGUCUUGUAAGAACAACUGUACUGUCAGACUUAGUAAUACAAUGUUAUACCCCAAAGAGGGUGUUAUUUAAUAUGCAAUGUACACCUGAGAGAUUGGAGCAUUGAACAUUAAGAUUGCGUCUGUUUUUAGUGAAAGUGUAAAGUCUCAUCGUAGAAAUUAUCAUGUAUUUUAAUAUAAUUUGUAAUAAAAUCGUAGAAUAUUAAA